UGAACUGACGGAUGAAAUUUAGAAGUUUGUUUUGUCUAAAAAAAUAACUUAAAAAUAUUUAAAUUGUUUAAAUUCAAUUAAGACAUAAAUUAAUAAGUACGUACAUCGGAUAAGUUCCCCGUAUUUAAAACCGCCGGGACAAAAGAAAUGCAACAUGUUUGUGUGAUCAUUUGAAGUGCUACAUUUGGAUCCUUGGAUGUCACACGCGAUCGUAAUCUUCGAAGGGGUCUUAAAGAAGAACCAUAACAUUUUCAACCGUGGAUAAGUUUUAUGCACGCAGCGGGAAUGACAAUAAUGGCAGUUUCUGUUGGCGAAAUUUGCGAGAACACGAAGUUGGCGAGAGAAAUGGCCCUGAUGGGAAAUUAUGAAUCGGCGCUGGUUUAUUAUGAGGGAACUAUACAGAUGAUCCACAGGCUUCUGAUCACUAUAGCUGAUCCCACGCGAAAAUCCAAGUGGCAGUUGGUACAAAAACAGAUGGCUCGCGAGUAUGAACAGCUGAAGGCGACGGUCGCGACGCUGCAGAUGUUCCAGCACGAAGGCGAGAAAGCGAUCACGCCGCUCACCGGAAAUUACGAAGACCUUCCCACGAGAGACAUGUGGGCGCCGGCCCCCCAUGAACUGGAUCCAGAUAUCUGGCCCCCGCCACCUGACAGAGAUCCGAACGCGUGGCCCCCUCCCACCAAUGUUGAGCAUAAAGGUCCGCCCGCCAUGAAGUCGGCGCGAAAUAACUCGCGCAACCCCCGCACUGAUAUCAAGAAGACAACGCCCGCCCCCAGGAACGCUACAACCUCGCAACGGAAGACCUCCGACGUCAGGAAUCCUAGAAUAGCCGCCAACAAGGCACAUAGUGCUAAAACGAAAGACACUAGUAGUAACAAAGAGCAUAGCUCUGGCAAGGAGAAGCAGGACAGGGACAAUAACAAUGGCGAUACGGAUGACGAGAAGCACAAGGACGAAGAACGGAAGUUUGAGCCUCCCAGUGCCGCAGAUGGGGACUUAGUCGAUAUGUUGGAAAGAGAUAUAGUACAAAAGAAUCCUAAUAUAAGAUGGGACGACAUAGCCGAUUUAACGGAAGCGAAGCGACUGUUGGAAGAGGCGGUCGUGCUGCCAAUGUGGAUGCCGGAUUUCUUUAAAGGCAUCCGUCGGCCGUGGAAGGGAGUUCUGAUGGUGGGUCCCCCCGGUACCGGCAAGACGAUGCUAGCGAAGGCCGUCGCCACCGAAUGCGGGACGACGUUUUUCAACGUCUCUUCCUCCACCCUGACCUCCAAGUACAGAGGGGAGUCUGAGAAGCUAGUCCGGUUGCUGUUUGAAAUGGCGCGGUUCUACGCUCCGAGCACGAUAUUCAUAGACGAGAUAGACUCGUUGUGCUCGAGGCGCGGCUCGGACAGCGAACACGAGGCCUCGCGCCGCGUCAAGUCGGAGCUGCUCGUGCAAAUGGACGGACUUGGGUCCGCCACUGAUGAACCCGCCAAGGUAGUAAUGGUGUUAGCAGCAACGAAUUUCCCAUGGGACAUAGACGAGGCGCUUAGAAGGAGAUUAGAGAAGCGUAUAUACAUCCCGCUGCCCACCCAGGAAGGAAGGGAAGCGUUACUGCAUAUAAACUUGAGAGAGGUCAAGGUGGACCCCGAGGUCGACCUGAGGGCCAUAGCCAAGAAACUGGACGGCUACUCCGGUGCUGACAUUACUAACGUUUGCAGGGACGCAUCAAUGAUGUCGAUGCGACGUAAAAUCGCCGGAUUGAAACCGGAGCAGAUCAAACAACUUGCCAAAGAGGAGCUCGACCUGCCCGUCACCAAGCAAGACUUCCUCGAAGCCCUCGCCAAGUGCAACAAGUCUGUGUCGAAGGGAGACAUACAGAAAUACCUAUCCUGGAUGACGGAGUUCGGAUCCUCCUGAUUCAUGGUCUAACACUAACGAACAAUAUAAAUAAUUUAGAUUAAACAUAAGUUGUGAACAGACUGUCAGGACACAGUGAUGGGAGUCUCCGGGUCCUGACUUUCAUUCACAACUUCAAUGCAUGCUCUUUGAAAUGUCGUCAUCAGUAAUACAAAAACACUUACCCCAUCUCCGUCCAUAUUAGUCUUUUGUUGAAGUCAAGGCUUAAUAUUCAUUAACGGUGAUAGACAUUUCAAGGGAUUUUGUUUUAAGAGAAUUAAAUGCCUUACAAAAAAUUUUCGUACGGAACAUUUUGACUGUAACAGUAUUAAAAUUGAUAUAGCAGUGUGGCAUAUCGUUCGAGAGAAUCGUGUGAAAAGUAGUUUAAGAAAUUUGAGUAAUUUUCUAUAGUAAAAUGUCUCCGAUAUUAAAAACUAUGUAUCACUCUGAAUACCAGUACUGGUUUUAAGUCGCAUAAUACAAUAUUUGUUUGUUUUUAUUUAUUUAUUUACCAAUCAAAAAGUCACGUCGUGUACAAUACAGGGGAUUCGCAGAUAUUAACACGUUGACUGCCACGGAAAUUUCACAUCAGUUCAAUAACUGAACCUAUCCGAGUACUGGUGCUUUUCUUGUAUAGUGACUGCCUUCGACUUAAUUAUUAAAUGCACAAUGCGUUACUGUGAAUUUGUAAAUACUAAUUCCGCUAGUUGUAAUGUAAACGAGCUUAAAAGUUUUAUCCAGAUCUGUGCGUGUCAUUUGAAUGUUUUUUUUUUUUUUGUAAAGCUCUUUGAGUUUAUGUACUUAAAUUAGGUUCAAUUUGAGAUUUAUAGUGAAAUAUAAUUUUUAUGCCAUAAUUAAUUUAUAUUGUACUUUUAUAGAUUUUUUUUUUAUUUUUAUUAAAGAACUUGUAUUGGAAUGAGUUGAAUAUUUGGCAUUUAUAAGUUUAGUGUUUCGCUCAACUACAGUUAUAAAAAUAUGUUUGAUAGACCGAUUAUUUCGGUCCUUAUUCAAGAUUAAUUUCAUGCAUAUUGAAAAUCACACUCGUUUUUCAUUUGAUAACCAUAAUACAUAACUGUGUUUGUACAUUACUGACAGUAGUAAUAUGCAAUAAUUUUAAAUUUGGUCUAAACCUGUAAUAUUUUGUAGAGAUAACAAAUAUUUUUGCAACCAAAUUAACAAAUCUUGUAUGUGAAGACAUGGAAA